CUAAUGACAUUCUGUGGCCUAGUAUUAAAUAAAGCGACGGAUACAAGGGAAGAAGGCUGCGUCGGAUUAAAGAGCACGACAUCGCCUCCGUAGUCAAAUUCAGGAAUAGGACAAGAGGCAUUCACCAAGCCUUAAUACCUUCUGAAAUUAUAGACAGAGAUGCUACGGAUUUAAAUGACUAUGGCAUCCUUGUAGUUUUCUCGGAUCAUGCAGAAGUCCGUAGUAAAUCGCGUAUGUAGGUUGCGCUGUUAGUUGGCACAUCGGAGAGGUUGCAGUUUUUGGAUAGAUUAUUUUAGAUUUAGUGCGUCUCCUCUUCAAGAUACAAUUUCAUUAGAAUAGUUACUGGCGUAGAAUCAGCGGGACAACUAUUGCACUGGCUAUAUCUUUUGAAGGGAUGGACAAUGCCCAUACAAAGACGGUGGAGGAGGUGUUGGGGUACUUUUCUGUGAACGAGUCGACUGGAGUAAGCUCCGAGCAGCUGAGGAAGGGUCGCGAGAGAUGGGGGCCAAAUGAGUUGCCAGCUGAAGAAGGCAAGUCCUUAUGGGAGCUUGUUCUGGAGCAGUUUGAGGACCUGCUGGUGCGGAUCCUCUUGCUGGCAGCUUGUAUCUCUUUUACCUUGGCCUGGUUUGAGGAGGGAGAGGGCACCAUCACAGCCUUUGUGGAGCCUUUCGUCAUUCUCCUCAUCCUCAUUGCAAAUGCCAUUGUUGGGGUGUGGCAGGAACGUAAUGCAGAGAAUGCCAUUGAGGCACUGAAGGAAUAUGAACCCGAGAUGGGAAAAGUGUAUCGCCAGGACAGGAAGAGUGUCCAGAGGGUCCGGGCCAGAGACAUCGUACCAGGGGACAUCGUGGAGGUGGCAGUGGGAGACAAAGUCCCGGCCGACAUCCGCCUGACCUCCAUCCGCUCCACCACACUGCGAGUGGACCAGUCCAUUCUGACGGGGGAGUCGGUGUCGGUGCUGAAGCACACGGACCCGGUGCCUGAUCCGCGUGCUGUCAACCAGGACAAGAAGAACAUGCUGUUCUCGGGUACGAACAUUGCCGCCGGCAGAGCCAUGGGGGUGGUGGUGGCCACCGGGGUGCACACAGAGAUCGGAAAGAUCCGUGACGAGAUGGCCGCUACAGACCCCGAGAGGACCCCGCUGCAGCAGAAGCUUGACCAAUUUGGGGAACAGCUGUCCAAGGUGAUCACACUGAUCUGUGUGGCAGUGUGGGGCAUCAACAUUGGCCACUUCAGUGACCCUGUGCACGGCGGCAGUUGGCUGCGGGGUGCUGUUUACUACUUCAAGAUUGCCGUGGCGCUUGCUGUAGCUGCCAUCCCUGAAGGUCUGCCCGCUGUGAUCACCACCUGUUUGGCACUGGGCACCCGCCGCAUGGCGCGGAAGAAUGCUAUUGUCCGUUCGCUGCCAUCGGUGGAGACGCUGGGUUGCACCUCUGUGAUUUGCUCCGACAAGACGGGCACCCUCACCACCAAUCAGAUGUCCGUCUGCAGGUUGUUUGUUGUGGAUAGUGUAUCUAGUGACAGAUGCAUCCUGAAUGAGUUUACAGUGACUGGAUCUACUUACGCUCCUGAGGGUGAAGUGUAUAAGGAUGGCGCAGUUGUGCGCUGUAGCCAGUAUGAAGGCUUGGUGGAGUUGGCUACCAUUUGUGCGCUAUGUAAUGAUUCAUCUCUUGACUACAAUGAGUCGAAGGGCGUGUUUGAGAAGGUGGGGGAGGCCACUGAGACAGCCCUGUGCUGCCUGGUGGAGAAGAUGAAUGUGUUUGACACAGACCUGAGGGACCUCAACCCUGUGGAAAGAGCUAAUGCCUGCUGCUCGGUGAUUAAGCAGUUGAUGAGGAAGGAGCUGACACUGGAGUUCUCCCGAGACAGGAAGUCCAUGUCUGUCUUCUGCUCCCCCAACAAGCUCACAAGGUCUGCCUCCGGUGCCAAGAUGUUUAUAAAGGGUGCUCCGGAGAGCGUUCUGGAGCGCUGCAGAUGGAUCCGUCUGGGUGGCGGGGUGAGGCUGCCGAUGUCGGCGGGCCUACGGGAGCAGCUGCUGGAGACGGUCAGGGGGUGGGGCUCGGGCCGUGACACGCUGCGCUGCCUGGCCAUGGCCACGCGCGACUCCCCGCCCGACCCACGUACGCUCAACGUCGAGAACUCCGCCACCUUCGUAGACUAUGAGUGUGACCUGACAUUUAUCGGGUGUGUGGGGAUGUUGGACCCUCCGAGGAAAGAAGUGCUUAAUGCCGUUCGAAUGUGCAGACAAGCAGGCAUACGAGUAAUCAUGAUCACUGGGGACAACAAAGCCACUGCAAUGUCUAUCUGCCGGCGCGUGGGCAUCAUCACGGAGCAGGAGGAGGAGGAGGGCACAGACGGGCCCUUCAGAGGGGGCCUGACAGGACGGGAGUUUGACGAGCUGCCCCCCCACCUCCAGAGGCAGGCCUGCCGCACUGCCCACUGCUUCGCCCGCGUGGAGCCCACCCACAAGAGCCGCAUCGUGGAGUACCUGCAGAGCCUCAGUGACAUCACAGCCAUGACUGGUGAUGGCGUGAAUGAUGCACCCGCUCUGAAGAAAGCUGAAAUCGGCAUAGCUAUGGGCUCUGGGACGGCGGUCGCCAAGUCGGCCUCCGAGAUGAUCCUGGCUGACGACAACUUCUCCACCAUCGUGGCGGCUGUCGAGGAGGGCCGGGCCAUCUACAACAACAUGAAGCAGUUUAUUCGCUACCUGAUCUCCUCCAAUAUUGGUGAAGUGGUCUGUAUUUUCCUGACAGCAGCCCUGGGGAUGCCUGAGGCUCUGAUUCCUGUACAGCUGCUGUGGGUGAACCUGGUGACGGAUGGCUUUCCAGCCACCGCACUGGGCUUCAAUCCCCCCGACCUGGACAUCAUGUCCCGGCCUCCACGCAACCCCAAAGAGCCUCUAAUCUCUGGCUGGCUCUUCUGCAGAUACCUCAUCAUUGGCUGUUACGUUGGAGCUGCCACAGUGGGGGCUGCUGCCUGGUGGUUUAUGGCCGCUCAGGAUGGACCCAAACUCUCCUUCUACCAGUUGUCCCACUAUCUGCAGUGCAGUGAAGGCAGUGCAGAGUUUGCAGGGGUGCAGUGCUCUGUCUUUGAGUCACCUUACCCUAUGACUAUGGCUCUGUCCGUACUUGUUACCAUCGAGAUGUGCAACGCACUGAACAGCCUGUCUGAAAAUCAGUCUCUGCUGAAGAUGCCCCCGUGGUCCAACCCCUGGCUGGUGGGCGCCAUCUGCCUCUCAAUGGCGCUUCACUUCCUUAUCCUUUAUGUCGACCCCCUGCCUGUGAUUUUCCAGAUCAGGCCCCUCUCCUGGCCCCAGUGGGUUACUGUGCUGAAGAUGUCUCUGCCAGUCAUCAUGAUGGACGAGGCCCUCAAGUUCCUGGCGCGGAACUACAUUGAGCCUGGCAACGAGCUGGAGCUGGAGGAGGAGGAGCGUCCGCAGCGCCAUGGCGAUAGCGUCGGGGUGAUGGGCAGGCUGGCGGAGUCUGUGAGACGAGCCCUGAAGGGUGUGUCCUGGACCUUCGUCCUCAUCUCAGCUCCUCUGCUGCUGUGGAUCUACAGCCUGGACUCCGACAUCACCAACAUUUUCUGGGAGUGAGGCAGAUGGGGGAGGGGCAGGAGUGGGAUUAGGAUUGGGGAUGGGAUUUGGGGAUGGAGAAAGGGGGAGGUGGAGAUGUGGGAAGGAAGAAGGAAGAGUUGUGCUGGCAAGGACAGACAGACAUGAUCACAGGUGCGUGAGUUGGAGAGUAACAAAAAGAGGAGAGAAAAAUGUUUGUGUGUGUGUGAGCGGAACUGACGACAGUGUGUUGGAGGGAACUAUAAUAAGAUUUAGAAAGGAUGUGGAUAGUCGCAAGGCAGUGACAAUCAGUCAGAAGGAGAGCCAAUGUGAGCAUGCCAUACUCAUCACACAUUUGUUGUAUGCCAUCAAAGCAACAUCAGAAGUUUGAAAAUAUUAUGAGGGACUGAUUAUAUUUAUGUUACCAGAUGAACGGCACAGAUGUUCAUCAUGGCAUUCACAGAAAAAAACAGUUUCUCAAACAAUUGCUUAGUUAUGAGAGGAAAUACAAAGAAAGAGAGAGAGAGUAAGAGAGAAAGAGAGGUCAGAACAUACAGUACUAGAGAUUGAGGCAAGCUGAGAGUUGUUCCUCACUCUGAAUACUUGGCACUCUCUCCUCUUCUCUGCUCUUCUCUUUGUUUUGCUUUAAUUUGGGUUUACUCAACAAGGAUAUGGAAGCCUAGCAUAAUAUAUAUUUUCAUUAGUCAAUGAUGUUUAAUUUGAUCCACGGCACUGAUAAACAUGUGAUCGUGUAGUUGAUUAUUUUUACACAGCACUGAUAAACAUGGGUUACUGUAGUUCAUUGUUUUCUUUCUCUGCACUGCCCAACCUGUUAAUUCAGUCCUCACUGGCCUUCAAGUGUCACCAGUGAAGCAGACCAUGAUGAUGUUGGGAAAUCCCAGGCACAUCUGCCUGUAUCUUUAAAUGCAGCCUGUAAACGUCUUUUGCAUCAUACUAGGCUACACAUUACAGUGAGCUCCAUCAACCCUCUUUCUCAUGCCAUGUAUAGUACAGUUGUGGCCAAAAGUGUUGGCAGUGACACAGAUUGUCCUCUGUCUUUGUCAGCAAACUUUGCUGCCUCAGUUUGUGUGAUGGCAAUUCACAUUGUUUCUAGAUUUCUUUGCAGAGUGAUCAGAUGCAUAUUACCAUUAAUUCAUUGCAAAUAGCUUCAUUAGCAUAAAGCGUUAAGUUUAUCACAAAAAAAAAACAAUUUUCACUGUACAGUGAAUUACACCAGGUCCAAAAUAAAGGAAUUUCACUGAAAUUCAUCCAGUUUUGAAAGAAACGAGAUUGUACACAGGCCUUGGAAUUGAGAAUCAACUGGAAUUUACAACAAUUAUUAAGAGGAAGUAAAAGAUAUCAGCUGGACUCUUGGUACGCAUCCUGUGUCAAAGGUAGCCUUCUGUGGCUCUACAGCUCCAUCUAAGGCACCACUGGACUUUCGAAUGUCUGAUUUUCUUUCAAUGAUGCUCACACACACACACACACACAAAACACACACACACACAAACACACACACAUGCACGCACGCGCGCACACACACACACACACACACACACAUAAAUACCUCUUCCUCUCACUCACACAAAUGCACACAGUUACACACAGAAAGACAUGAACAUGUUUACUUUCUACUUUCAACUUGCACAACUUUCAUUUAUAAUUAUGAUUAUUAUUAUUAUUAUUGUUAUGGUUAUUCUUUUUGUUAAUCAUUUAUACCUAUGACAUUGGUUUUGAUGUUGUGACUUGACUGUCCUAGUUCUCCCAUGUGCCUCUGUGCAGUAGGAGUCAGUGACAUUUGUUUUUCUGUAUCCUGUUUCCUGUGGGCUACAGCAUGACAAAAUCACUGCAAUCGUCAGAUAAACUAAUUACUGAGUGGUAGGCUGAUUGUAUGAAAGACAUAGGCAGAGGAGAAAUAUUGCCUGUGACAUUACAGAGCAGCAGAGCGAGUGUUAAGAGGAAAGGGGUGACAUGUCUUUUCUCUUUGGUCAGUGUCUGUGGUCAUUCCUUACUCAUUUGAGUGUGGAUUGUACUCUUUUGAAUCCAGUUCAGCAAAAAAAGGGAGACAGCAUAAUACAUUCUUGUUCAUUUUGAAACAGAUUUUGAGAUACCUUCUUUCUCUCUUUAAAACUGAAGGGAAUUAAUUUAUAGUAUUUUGUGACAAAUAAUGAAAACCAUUAAUUUCAUUCUGUCCAUCUGCAGAAAAUGGGAAAUGCUUUACGGAAUGGAAACACCAAUAAACAGUUCACUACUA